AUGAGAGCGGUUCUUGCUAUUUUUUUGCUCGUUGUUUUUGUGAAAAGCUUGCCGAUUGAAAUAAAAGGUGAGUGGGUGGGAAAAAUAUUUCGAAUUAAUUUUUAUAAUUUUAUAAACAGGCCCUCUAGGCGCUGGACGCGACUACUUGACAGCGAACGUUUCUGGGAUUGACUUCUUGGCACAGAAGCUCUCAAGGCGCGGGCCCUUGUCAAAGUGAAUCUCUCGGUGCGGUUCCUAGACAAUUAGGUUCUUUAGACUUACAGAAAAAUAAUGCCUAUAAAACUAUAUAUCCUUUUACAGUAGUCAUAAUAUCUACAGUAGUUAAACUCACUUUUAUUCUUGUCUUCUCUGACGACUUGUUAGGACUGUUAUGAAAUCCAAAAAUGACGAAAUUUGAAAAAUCUUAUAAGCCACAUAAACUGGCCAAGACGCGUUUCACGUGAUUAUUCUUUUAUUUUUCAGAAAACCAAUUUUUCAUUUUUUGAAAAAAUAUAUUUUUUUGUGAAAACUGAAUCAAUUUUUCAAAAAAUAUUAAAACUUUUGUUUCAAAUUCCAGACAUCGAGUUGUUGUUCCCUCCACAAAACACAUUCCUUGAUUCAAAUGGGGAAUAUUUGACAAAAAUCGACAAACAAAUUGGAGAUUCUCAAGAAUCGGAAGAGGCUCCAGCCAGAAAAGCAUGUGAGCCAAGUAAGAAGUUUUUCCUGAUUAUCUAUGAGUUUUCUUUUCCUAAUAAAAAUUUGCAGAGCAAGAAUCAGUGCCUGAAGAAGGACAAGAUUUCCAAAAUUCUGAUUAUCCAACUUCGAAUUUUAAUGAUACAACUCCAUUGAAUGGAACUAUUGUUGAAGAUGUAGGUUUUUUCAGAAAAUCUAUUUGAAAAAUGAAUGGGUUACUGUAGCUUUAAGCGUUGCUCAUAUCAAAUUAAUUAUCUACAGAAACCCUAAGAGAGAUUUUUUCUAAAUUGUGAACUACGGUAAUCAGUUUUUUUUGAAAAAUUUAUGAGAAGAGAGAAAAAACGGUAAAGCUUAUCAUAAUUUUUUAUGAUUUCUCAUGUUAAACAUUUUAUUGUCUUUUGUCAAACUACAGUAACCCAUAUCAAAAUUAUCAAUUUGAGCGUCUACAGUAAUCUUUACUUUUCAAAAAAAUCAUUUAUCAUUGCUCAUGUUAAUUUUCUCCCAUAAAAACCCCAAUUUUUAUUUUGCAGCCAAUGGAAGUGAAAAUCUACAAAGCAGAAUGCGAUGAUUAA